AUGUAUCUACUGUCUGCCCUGGCUGCUGCCAUCCUGGCCCCCAUCACCGGGCUUGCUGCCCCGGCUGGUGAUGUGAUGACAGCUCCCCCCCUCCACAAUCUGUAUGCUCGUGAGAACCUAUGCCAUCUGCCGUCUCCCCCGCAGCUUUGCACUCCGAAUGCUUCUGUCACGAUUGAAGAGACUGCGUUGAGAGCCUACAAGUUUUAUCGGGCUUUCGUCGUGGAUGGCGAUCCCCGGACUAUGUUUUCUUACAUUGACAACGUCUAUCUGAGCGGACCGCAGGUCAUCUGGCCGUUGUUCUGCAACGGCCGCAAAAUCGGCACGGAGGAGAGCACGAGCUGGUGCUUUGAUGCCAGCACCAACAUGUCUUAUGCUCAGUACUCUGUUGUCGAUAGGUGGAGAUGGGUUGAUGGUUGUGUUCAUGAGCACUGGGACCAAGGCGAGAGGAUGCCUCCCAAAGAGCAGUGUUACCAGCUUCCUCCUGAGCUUCUGAACUCGUGA